CCAUGAAACUGUUUGCAGUUCUAUUGCCUUUGAUAUGCUUCUUUGGUUAUGCCUUUGCAAAUGAUAAUGCAACGGCAGUGUUGCAUGAUCUCGUUCCGGAUACUAUCAUUACCAAUGGUUAUCCUGCUUACGAGGGCAAAGCGCCCUACAUCGUGAGCCUUAAUUUCAGAAGAGAUGGAAACAAUGCCCUUACAUUGUGCAGUGGUUCGAUCAUAGCAAACAAUUGGGUGCUUACAGCUGCCCAUUGCAUCCAUGACAAACACUACGUGGAAAUUCAUUAUGGAUCGAACUGGCGAUGGAAUGGUCAAUACAAUCUUGUAGUCCGCCACAACAACUUCGUUCGACAUCCUCAAUGGCCCCAUAUUCAAGGCAAUGACAUUGGUCUAAUCCGCACACCUCAUGUGAACUUCAACGACAGAGUAAACAGAAUUCGCCUGCCGCUUUUGAGUCAAAGGAAUGAUCUAAUGGAGAACUGGUGGGCUCUGGCCUGUGGCUGGGGAAGACAGGCGGAUGGCCAGCUAGCAGAUUGGCUACAGUGCAUCGAUGAGACGAUCAUGAGCAACCAUGAAUGUUCGAGAACCUAUUGGGACAUUCCCAUUGGCGUUUUGUGCUUGAGGACUCCAGGUGGUAGAUCCACUUGUGGUGGCGACUCUGGCAGUCCUUUAGUUAUAACCAAUGACAAUCCCAUAUUGGUGGGUGUCGCCUCGUUUUUCCCGGGUGCAGGUUGCACUUCUGGUGCUCCCGCUGGAUUCACAAGAGUCACAGCCCAUUUGGAUUGGAUCCGUCAACAUUCUGGAGUUGCUUACUACUAAAAAAAAAUACCUCCAUAUAUUGAAAAUACAAUAAAUAUU